AUGGCAGGAAAUCCCUCCGGUCUCAACUCGGGCUGGCUGGCAGAGAUCGAGUACAGCAUGAUGAGGCUCCGGAACAGUGCUUUGGCCGAGUAUGGAUUCACGAAGAACAGGUCGACGGUUUUUCUCGACGCUGUGUUACGGAGGCAACCGGACAACAUCUGCGCGAUAAUGGGUUACGUCGGGAGCGAACACAUGCGCCUGCCAAUGGUACUGGAUGCAUACUACAGAGACCUUGAUCCUACUCAGAUUCACCACUCCCGAAAGCAGUGUGAACCUCAGCGGUCAGAACAUUGGUACCAAUUAGUGGGAGCUAUGAUCAUGGAUAGAAGGGCCUCUAGUUCUACUGGUAUCUUGGACUAUCUUAUCCUGAUUCGCUUGUACGACCGGUUCUUCAAAUGCCCUUUCACGUAG